AUGCCUGACUUCCGCGUUGUUUCCUACAACAUCUUAUGCUCAUCUCUUGCGCCUGCUGACAGAUUCAGGAACUGCAAACCCGAAAACCUCGAUGCUGCAGUGCGACUUCCUCGAAUAUUAUUGAAGAUGGAGCAGGAGGAGAGUCGGGUAGAGAAAGAAGCGAUCAUCUGCCUGCAAGAGGUUGGAAAGUUUUGGAGCAAAGAGCUGGAAAGCUUCUUCCAGAAACGUGGGUACAACUACAUUCAUUCGGGGUAUGGUGAAGCUUACAACGACUUCAUGUACGUGGAUGGGCUUCUUCCUGCCGUUCCUGCGGACAUCGAGUGCCCGUGGGAGGUGUCGAGAAAGCGGAAGAACACUUGCAUCUUCCUUCGACUCUAUCACAUGCCCUGCGUCUUCUGGGACCAGCGGGUCAUGGUCAUACACAGCGCACUAGCUGCUCGGCACGUUCAAAGCUUGUCAGGAGCAGAUCCCUACGUGUUUGCUGGGGAUUUCAACAUUCAGCCCCAAUCUGCUGCUUAUCGCCUCUUAACGUCUGGCCGACUCGAAGCGUCGCAUCCUGACUUCCCUCCUGACCGAGCUGGAGACUCUUGGGCUCCGCAACUCGAGGAGAGGAUGGAGAGCGUCUACUCGUCCUUCCACGGCUCAGAACCAGACUUCACAAACUACGCUCAGAUUUUCGAGGAUCCUCCUUUCAUAGAGACCAUCGACUACAUCUUCUGCAGGCCGGGGAUGAAGGUAGUCGGCUGUCUACCGCUGCCUCGCAGGCAGGAAGUAAGUGGACCUCUCCCCAACGACCAGGAACCCUCGGACCACAUCAUGAUCGGAGCAGACUUCAACAUCUAGUUGCGACAUGAGCUCGGCUCACUCGUGGUGGGGUUGCAGUAGACACAGGAGGCUCACUUGUCGGUGAAUUAACAUCACAUACGAGGAG